AAGAUAAAAAAGAGAGUAGAAAACCAAAGUGGCUGACUACUGAAUGAGUACCAUUCCAUGGCUACUUUCACUUCACUUUUCUUACCAAAUCCUAUUCAUUUUUCCACCAAGAAACUUGUUACCAAUCAAACCCUUUUCUCUUCUUCAUCACCAGAUUACAUUCACUUCAAAUCAAGUAAUGACAAGAGACAAUUGAUAGUUCCAAGAGUGGCUUCAAUCCCAUACAAUCCUAUCAACGUGGAUUACUUGGAGGAAGAGUUCAGUGGUCAUGGAGUCACAUUCCAAGGGAUUGGGGACAACUGUGUUGCUCAGAUGACUCUGGAGAAUGGAAGCACAGCCAUUCUGAUGUUGCCAAGUGGCUUAAUCACUUCUUACAAGGCUGCCAUGUGGCAUGGAGGCACGGACGAGAUGCUGCACUCUUCUGUAUUCGAGGAGGAAAAAGGCUCUGCUUCUAUUCAGGGAGGUGUUUCUUUGGUCUUGGAUUUCACCACUGAGUAUGCCCAUUCUUGGUCUCCAACUAACUGGGCACUGAAGAAUAUUAGUGGGAAUUCUCAGCACUCCAUUCAGGUGGAACUAAUCAGCAGUGAGUCAGGAGCCAUGGUUGAAGUUAAACACAUAGUGACACUUAAAAAGGAUGAAUUAAGUUCAGAAGUUGUGAUAUCAAACUCUAGCUCUGCUCCAGUUCAAUUGACUGGGUGUGUUCUGAGCCAUCUGAGGGUGAGCUCUCCUGAUGCAACUUAUGCAAUCGGAUUAGAAGGAUCGGAUUUCUUCUCCAGGCCUCCAUUUUCAUCAAACUUUGGUAUUGUUCCUCCAGACUUUGGCCAAAAGAUGGGAUUUGGUUUUGGCCAAAUGUUGAGUCAAAUGGCCUUUUGGCGUCCAAAUAAUCCAAAUAACAGCAAUGGUGAUCAAACAAAGAGCGACCGAGGUGAUUCGGGACAAGAAUUGGAGGGUGAAGAAACUGAUAAUUACAAACAUUUAAGAGAAGAGAUGAGUCAAAUCUACACUAGUGCACCACGGAACAUGACAAUUAUCGAUCGGGGUAGAAGAAAUUCAGUGGUAGUUGGAAGAAAAGGAUUUGAAGAACUAUACAUGUUAAGUCCAGGCUCUACUCAUGAAUUGUAUGGCAAGUAUUCUUAUAUAUGUGUAGGCCAAUCAGCCAUGCUUAAGCCAAUAGUUGUGGAAGCUGAAACAGUGUUAAGGCUUGGACAGGAUUUGCAUAAUCCAAAUCUCUAAGCCAUGCCUCCAACAUCAUUUUACAUACAUACAUGUAUCAAUGUAAUGUAGAUGUAAUAUUUGGUUGAGCAAACCAGCCAAACAAUCAAGAAUGAAAUAAAAAUUAUCCUUCCUUACAA